GAAGGGUCACUGGACUUGAAACGUGAACUGCUUUUCUAUCUGCAGACGCUGCCAAACCUGCUGAAUAUCUCCAGGCCUUCCUGUUUUGUUUCUGUGAGAAAACAGGCCUUGCAUAAUUUAGAUUUGGUAGAACCACCUGGACAGAGGCGAGGAGUUUGCAGAUUGAUAGGGGAUCUCAGCCAUCGGUUCGAAAACUCAUCAGUAAGAGACUUGCAGCUUCUCAUUUUACAAGUGUCAGCAGGAGCUCUGGUUGCCAGCAGUAACACAGCCAUCAGAGGCCCAGGAACACAGUGCUCUCCCAGAAAACUAAAGCUAUUGAAAACAUCAUCUCAAAAAUCUUUGAAUUCUGCGCAGUACCUUGACUUAUCAGGAAACGACAUCAGUUUAAUUGAUGGACUGAACUUCUGUGCCCAUCUCCAGAUACUGAUAUUAGCAGACAAUGGGAUUAUGGAGGUGGAAAACUUGGAGUGUUGCCCCCAACUUUGGAAAGUUGAUCUCAGCAAUAAUAAGAUUAAGGGUUUGGAUGGAUUGAAACGAUUUAUUGCACUAGGAACAUUAGACCUCUCCGGGAAUCUUUUAACAUGGAAGGAACUUCAGAAAAUUCGACACAUACAAAUACUGGACCUACAACUGUAUGGGAACCCUGAGCUGCAAAAUGAUAUACACUAUCGUGUCCAUGUGGUAAGUUGUCUGCCCCAUGCCUGGAUGGUAGAUGGAAAUUUUGUCACUUCUAAAGAGAGGAACCUGGUGACCCAAUUCUUCCUGGAUUCUGCUUUAUCAGGCCAUCCAGUUCGCAACAAGAUGAGUCCAAAUCGGUUCACUCCAACCACCCAGAAGAAUCUUUUCCAGACAUGUCCUUACGGCAAAAGGACUCUUCACUUAAUGAAACAGUUUCCUUUGAAUGAACAGUUAAAUUCAGACUCUGAUCAUCGGAGAAUAAAAUACCUCGCCUACAACCUUCAGACAGAUCUUACAAUAGGAAUGAAGUAUACUAGCAGAAUAUCCCUUGCUGAUAAAUUGUCAAAUGGCCUGGUUGAACUGAUCUCUAUCAGAGAUAAAGAACCUGACAAGUGUAACAUAAUGCUGUUGAUUGUAAUGGCUUUUUUGGAAUUCAGCCUCCCUCUGCAGCUAAUCAUCGAGACACUGGAAUGUAUCAACCUUAUAACUAUAGGAAAGGUUCCAAUAUGUAACUUCUUCUCAUUGAACUCUGCGGAACUGGUGAAUAUUUGCUGUCUUUUAGUGAGCACAGUGAAACUGGAUAAAGAUACUGGACAGGGUGGAAAUAAUCUAUAUAAUGAGCUGUACCUGACUUUGCACUUCCUACUACUAGAGAUUAGACAGAGAGGAAGCCCACAGUACACUCCCAUGAGAUCGGUGUCAAAAUGGAACAUGCAUUACAAACAGUGCUGCAAUUUUCUGGCCUCAGAGACUGUGUUGCUGUUUGCAGUUGUGCCUUACUUCUACGACUACAUUGGCAAAAAUGCAAGAGUAAAUAAUAUACUAUAUUUGGCCACAGGAGAGUCUGACUUUGUCAUUAAGAUUUUGGAGAUUCUCCAGGGCAAAAAUAGCCAAGAGACAGGUGUGAAAAAAGUCUUAGAACAGGCUUCAGAGCUUAUCAUUCAGAAAGUCCAUGAAUUCCACUAUCACAAGAGGACCCAGUGUUGCAAGCACAAAUGGGUACGCCAGCUUUCUUUUACACUGCAGGCCAACAAGAUCAUGCCCAAUAAGUCAGUUGUGGAAUUCUUUCAAACAAGUGAAAAUCUGCAUCAAGGUAUUCGGAAUUUACCAGACAAAACUGAAAACAAAACAUCAAUAAAAUGUCCUGAUGAACCAGAGGUGACUUGUAGGAUCCCAGCUGUAGGAGAUUAUAUUCUCACUACGCCACGCAUGAUGGGCUAUAUUGUAAGUCUCCCAGAUCCAUUUGUUGCAGAGGUCAGAAUGGAUGUUGUCGCUAACACCAGUUCCAAAUUUAAUGAUCACAAACAUUAUAUCUACAUGGAUCUACGACAGCUAGAAUGGAAUGAAACACAAAGCUACUGGAAACCAAAAAUUGCAAUGAGACACCGAUUCACAUCAUGGGCACCUGGAGAAGAAGGUGUUGACUUGAAAUUCACAAAUGAAGAUACACAAGAAGCAUGUGAAAAGUUCAAGGUUAAAAAGAAGCUCAAAAAGUAUUCAGCAGCUGUUAAAUCUGGGACGAAGAUUGUGCCGACUGCAACUUCUAAUUUAACAGAAAUUUCUGGGACAUCUAAAGAACAAAAAGAACAGGCUAAAAAUAAAGAAAGUCAACCAGAUAGUGCUUAUCAGAAGAAUUGUUUUGAAGCAUGGAAACGCUGUGCCCCAAAGACACUUAGGAACAGAAGAGCAGUGGUAAAAAGUGUUUGUGGCUCUCGUGAGAAGCUUCCACUUAAAAAACAGCCAAGAAGAGAAACUGGAAGAUCAGUUCCCACCAUGCCAGGUCAACAUUGCAUUACAAGAACUUGCAAUGUUGAUUCACUGAGUUCUUCAUCUUACAAGUCACACCACAUGUAUGCUCCACAGGAUCCACUACAGUAUAGAGUAGGCAGAAAGAGGUUUUCCACAGUGCAGCCCCACAGCAACCAAAAUCAGGAACAAACAGAGCUGGAAGUACAACAUGCAAAUUGCAAUGCUGAACAAAAAGAUAAACUAACUAAGGCAGCAAUAUGGGAGUCCAUUCAGAUUAAGGGAAAAAGUCUCAUGUCAACACUCGAACGGGACAACCUCCAAUCUGCUGAAAUGGUGAAGUUGAGUUAUUUAUCACUACAAUGUGAGGAGAAAGAAAAGAUUCCACCAAAUAUCGGCACAAAGCUAAUGGAUGAAAAUCAGAAGGCCUGUUCAGAAUCACAAGCUAAUUGUAAAUCCAAGGCUAUGUCUACUGUAUUUGCUGACUGCAUGGAAAAUUCUCAAACCUCUGAAAAACAGAAUGAGGAAGUGAAGAACAAAGAAAGCUUCAACCGGCCAGACAGUGUGUCAUCCUAUCAGGAGGAGUGUAUCGAAGCAUGGAAAAGCACCUCCCCAGAGACGUCUGAACAUAGAGUAAAAAGUACAAAAUCAGAAGUUUUUAAAGAAUUUUUUUUUGUUGAUGCUUCUGCAAAAAAGGUGUGCACCCAUUCUCUCAAUUCAUUCCCCUUCCUCGCAGCUUCUUCAGGUGCUAAUGACUUGCAUGAGACGUUUAUACCAGAAAAUCAACUGAAAAGGGAGACAUGCAGAACACUUUCCAUCAUAUCACUUAAUGGCUUCACAGUGGCAUCAAAGACGUCUUUACCAUUCAAGUCAGACAACAUUUAUGGCCCUCAAAACCUUCAACUGCACAGAAAAGACAGGAAGAGAAAUUCUACUCUUCAUUCACUCAGCAAGCAAAAUGAGAUGUUGUUUAGAAGAUUAGAAAAGCCUUGUCUUUGUCAGAAGAGAAUUGCUUUGGCUUAUCUUAAAAUAGAUCCACUGCAGCUCAAUGAAAGAAGUUUGGAAUCCUCCAAAAGACACUUUUUAGUAUUGGGUGAACAACCUGCAAUGAACAUAAUUAAGUUUAAUUCAAUCUAAUUUUCUGUUGUAUUUAAUUAUUUGCAUUUCAAUUUACGGUUCCUUCUGUUCAGUGAAUAACUUCUUUUCAAUUAUAUAUUCUUCACUGAGAAUUUUACACUACAUACAACCUUGUUGUUUUAGAAUGUUAUCUAAAAAUGUAAAGUAUAUUUAUCUUUUGAUUAUUAGUCAGAGUCAGAUGAGGAUUUCAUCAAAACAUUCCUGUGUUCCUGUGUGACUUACAUUUCGCUGGUAUUUGUUUGUAUAUUGUCAAAGCAAAAUGAAAUCACCAUGAAUUUACAGAAACAUUACAAUUGUGUUCAGCAUAAAUAAUAUUUGUGAAAUAUAUUCAUUUACAUUAUUAAACACCAUUAC